AGAUGUCUAUGGUUUUAUUUAUUCUAUCGAUAUUUGCUUGACGUCGACGAUUCUCUUUGUGAUAGAUUUUUAAUUUUCAAUUUAUUGUUCGAAAUGGAUGACUUCGGCGAUAAUUUCGUUCAGCCAGAGGUAGACCCGGCAGCGGAGUUCCUCGCACGAGAACAGAAUCAGCUGGCCGGCCUCGAAGACGAAUUGGAAACUAGUGCUCCUCCCCCAAUCAUUGCUCCGGCUUCAAACGGCUUUGAGGAUUUUGUUGAAAUUCCAAGUUCAGCAGUUUAUGAAACUGAGGGCCUGAUGGAUGAACCCACCACAACUACUGUUUUCAGACAGGAGAGAGAGGAACCGGAAAAAAUCAAAAUAUGGCGUGAGGAACAAAAAAAGAGACUUACUGAAAAAGAUGAAGAGGAAGAAAGGAAAAAGGAAGAAAUGUUAAAGGUAGCAAAGAAGGAACUAGAAGAUUGGUACAAGACCCAUGAAGAGCAAAUUGCUAAAACCAAAGCUGCUAACAGGUAAAAGUUCAUGCAUGUGUAUCAAUAUCUA